GAUAGAAGCAAAAAGAGUCUUAAAGCGAGAAGUGAACUUUCCCUGUUGCAUUAAAAUAACAUUCCGGGAGGUGGAGGAAGACGAGGGCUCGGAGCACGCCUGGAACGGAUUUCUGUGAGCCCUGAGUUGGUGCUGCCCCAUCCCUCGCUCCCACAUCAGCCCUUCUGUCUGCAGUCAGCGUGGGGUCCCCCGGUCCGUGGGCUCUGCCCUGUGCCACCACCCCUGUGGAGCUGCUGGGCUCAGCCUGGUCCCCGGCCCCCUGCUGCUGUUUGGUGCCUUCUCCCUCAGAUCCCGUUUUCCCACCCCCUACGAGGCGCAGGCUGAUGCUGCGCUUUGCCAGCCGUGCCCAGGCGGCUCCUUGUGCUCUGCAUCCCAAUCCCGGCCAUUUUGGCAUCCUCAGGGCUGCACCAGCUGCUCUGGCACCAGAAACGAUGCUACAACCCCAAUCCUACAGGUAAUCCCUGAGCCAACCCCGCUGUCCCCCCCAGGCCCAACCUCGCACCCCCUCCUCUGCACCAUCUCAGCGGCACUGCUGGGUUUGUUCUGUUGGUCUGAGCGGUGGCUGAGCAGCUCUGGGCCGUGCCCACCUCCUCGCUCUGCAGCUGUCACCGUGCUGUGGGGACAGAGCCAGGCAAUGCUGCUCGACGUCGAUCCCGUUUGCCCAAAUCCGCCCCCCGUUGCGAUAUAGGUUGGGGAUUUUGGAUGGCAGUUGCAGCCCGACACGAGCAGCCCCUUUGGAAGCGGCGCUUGGCUUUUGGAGAGGGCUAUGCUGCUGUGUGUGGACUGAUGGCUGCUGGGGUUCUCCGGAGCUCAGUGCAGAACCACACUGGGAUGGGGUUUGGCCGUCCCGUGCCGGCGCUGUGGGCGACGCGCGUGGCACGUGGCUGAUGGAGCAAAUCUCAGCUGCAGUGAAGGCCUGGGGUGUAUUUCAGUGUCCUUGAGGAGCCAUCAGACAGACAGAACUGCCGGGAGAGCGGCUCUGUUUGUUUUGGGUGGUGCGUUGCUCCCCUUCCUCCCUGCUCGGGUAGCUGGUGCCGGAUUCCCAAUGAAUUAUUUAUCGUGGGACUAAAAAUACCCGGGGAUUGCGGCGAGGAGCGGCAGUGCGGGCCGGGCUGUGCCGUGGUGUGGGACACCAUCAGUGUGAGUCACCGGGGGCUGUGCCUCACCUUGGCAUUGUGGCUGCUGCAGGGGGCACGGAUGUGGGAAGGGGUUGUGAGGCCGUUCGACAGCUCAACCCUGGCUGUGACACCAGGUGCGUGGAGAGGCACUAAUUUGGGUUAUUUCACAUAUUUUCAGCCCGAAACUCUGGCAGUGCUUUUCACCAAGUGGCCUUGUGCCGUGUCACAGGACAGAGGGGUCCCUGGGGCAGCCCCAGCACAGACCCCAAACUUUCUCUCUCUAUGCCAAGGAUGCGUUAAGCAACAGCAGCUUUUAAUUGCGGGUGACAUUUCCAAGCGCCGGCUGGCAGCUGGCAUCUUGCUGCAUGCAGUGCCACCAUGGCUGGCAUGUGGCUGAUGGCCCUGGGGCUUCAAGGCUGGGGUUGGUGUUCCAGGCUGCAAAGGGCCCACCAGCCCUGCAAGGAAACCUUCAUUUUCCUCCAUUCUUUAGGAACUGCUGGGUACUUGAGCUGGGUACCAUGCAGCUAAAGCUGGUAAGCAGCUUAUGGGGCUUUUGGGGGUUUUCCUUCCAGGCAGCAGCAGGAGCUGAGGGGCUCUUCUGUCCCAUCACAUCCUGACCCCACUGGCUCUGUGAGGGAUCCACACUGCACUGCAGAGGGUGCUCAGGGGAAUGCGAGGUUUCAGCCUGUAAAUAUUUCAGGUGACUGUCAGCGUGGAGAGAGCCAUGAGGGAGCAUCCAGCUCCUCCCAGCGCCUCCUGCUGCUGUCCCUGUCCCUGCCCAGAGGCAGUGAGGAGCAUCCUAAUGUGGCUCAGAUGGGAAGGAGGGCAAAGUGGCAGCGAAAUGGUGAUGGGGUUGUGGAGGGAAGGAGGAACAGGUUGGGGAAGGUUUGUGGCUCUUGGGGAUGAGGGUAAGGAAUGUGGCACUGGGAGACAGCACCCUGUACUCCCAAAGGGGCUGAGCUGGAGGGCACAGGCCUACGGUCAUCCCCGCCCCGCAUCCAGCCUCCAAGGGAGGAGAGUCCCCCUUUUGCUGGGGUCACCCAGUGCUGGGGUGGUGCAUGGGGCAGUGUUCCCAAAUGGAUGGGUGUGAAGGGCUGUGUCCAUCCUCGCAGGGACACGGCGGUGGACAUGGGCAGAGCGCCGGCGCGCACUCUGCUGCUGUCGUUGGUGCUGGGCUGCUCAGCUGCCUUCACCGAUGUGCUGCUGCCCGGCCCUGCAGAGCCAGUGGUCAACGUGGCCGUGGUGUUUGGGGGCACGUCCUACCCGCUGCACAUCCGCUCCCGCCUGAGUCCCCAGAGCUUCCUGGACAUGCCCCUGGAGAUCCACCCCAUCACCGUUGUUGUCAACAACACCAACCCCAGCACCCUCCUCACCCACAUCUGCGACGUGCUGGCCAGCCACAAGAUCCACGGCAUUGUCUUCGAGGACAACGUUGGCACGGAAGCGGUGGCCCAGAUCCUUGACUUCAUCUCCUCUCAGACCCAGGUCCCCAUCAUCAGUAUCAGCGGGGGCUCUGCGGUGGUCCUCAGCCCCAAGGAGCCCAGCUCAGCCUUCCUGCAGCUGGGCGUCUCCAUCGAGCAGCAGAUCCAGGUGAUCUUCAAGGUGCUGGAGGAAUACGACUGGAGCUCCUUUGCCGUCAUCACCAGCCUCUACCCGGGCUACAACAUCUUCCUGGAGCUCAUUCGCUCCUUCACUGAUGCCAGCUACUUCGGCUGGGAGCUGCAGGAUGUGCUCACCUUCGAGAUGAGCCAGGAGCGGAGCAGCUCCAGGACGCAGCGGCUCCUGCGGCAGCUUGAUGCCCAAGUGCUCCUGGUCUACUGCUCACGGGACGAGGCUGAGUUCCUCUUUGAGAUGGCUGGACAAGCCGGGCUGGUGGGGCCGGGCUACAUCUGGAUCGUGCCCAGCCUCACGGUGGGCAACAUGGAGCUGCCGCCCACCUCCUUCCCUGUCGGCCUCAUCAGCGUGGUGACAGAGAGCUGGAAGCUGAGUCUGCGGCAGAAGGUGCGGGACGGGGUGGCCAUCAUUGCCAUGGGGGCAGCCAGCUUCUUCCGAGCCCACGGCUUCCUCCCAGAUGUGGGACGGGACUGUUGGGCGCCCGCUGCUGCUGCCAACGCCAGCUUCUACCGGCACCUCCUCAACGUGACGUGGGAGCACAGGGACUUCUCCUUCAACGAGGGCGGUUACCUGGUCAGGCCCACCAUGGUGGUGAUCUCGCUCAACCAACACCGGCUCUGGGAGAUGGUGGGGAAGUGGGAGCACGGCAUCAUCCACAUGAAGUACCCGGUGUGGCCCCGCUACGGCUCCUUCCUGCAGCCCGUGGUGGACAACCGGCACCUGACAGUGGCCACGCUGGAGGAGCGGCCCUUCGUCAUCGUGGAGAACACCGACCCCAGCACCGGCGUCUGCGUGCGCAACACCGUGCCCUGCCGCAAGCAGACCAACGCCUCGGCCAGCAGUGAUGGCCUCGCAGACCCCUACACCAAGCUGUGCUGCAAAGGCUUCUGCAUCGACAUCCUGAAGAAGUUGGCCAAGACGGUGAAGUUCUCCUACGACCUCUACCUGGUGACCAAUGGCAAGCACGGCAAGAUCGUGCGCGGGGUGUGGAACGGCAUGAUUGGUGAGGUGUAUUACAAGCGUGCAGACAUGGCCAUCGGAUCCCUCACCAUCAAUGAGGAGCGCUCCGAGAUCGUGGACUUCUCUGUGCCCUUCGUGGAGACUGGAAUCAGUGUGAUGGUGGCCAGGAGCAACGGCACUGUCUCACCCUCUGCCUUCCUGGAGCCCUACAGCCCAGCCGUGUGGGUGAUGAUGUUUGUGAUGUGUCUGACCGUGGUGGCCGUCACUGUCUUUGUGUUCGAGUAUUUCAGCCCUGUUGGUUACAACCAGAACCUCACCAGUGGCAAAAGGCCGGGCGGCCCCACCUUCACCAUCGGCAAGUCGGUGUGGCUGCUGUGGGCUCUGGUCUUCAACAAUUCCGUGCCCAUCGAGAACCCCAAGGGCACCACCAGCAAGAUCAUGGUGCUCAUCUGGGCCUUCUUCGCCGUCAUCUUCCUCGCCAGCUACACCGCCAACCUGGCGGCCUUCAUGAUCCAGGAGCAGUACAUCGACACCGUGUCAGGGCUGAGCGACAGGAAGUUCCAGAGGCCGCAGGAGCAAUACCCCCCGUUCCGCUUCGGCACCGUCCCCAACGGCAGCACCGAGAGGAACAUCCGCAGCAACUACCCCGACAUGCACACCCACAUGGUGAAGUACAACCAGCGCUCUGUGGAGGAUGCCCUCACCAGCCUCAAGAUGGGGAAGCUGGAUGCCUUCAUCUACGAUGCGGCGGUGCUCAACUACAUGGCGGGCAAAGACGAGGGCUGCAAGCUGGUGACCAUUGGCAGCGGGAAGGUGUUUGCCACCACGGGCUACGGCAUCGCCCUGCAGAAGGACUCACGCUGGAAGCGGGCCAUUGACCUGGCCCUGCUGCAAUUCCUGGGAGAUGGUGAGACCCAAAAGCUGGAGACGGUGUGGCUGUCGGGGAUCUGUCAGAACGAGAAGAAUGAAGUGAUGAGCAGCAAGCUGGAUAUUGACAACAUGGCUGGAGUCUUCUACAUGCUGCUGGUGGCCAUGGGGCUCAGCCUGCUGGUCUUCGCCUGGGAGCACCUCGUCUACUGGAAGCUGCGGCACAGCGUUCCCAAGUCCCACAAGUUCGACUUCCUCCUGGCCAUCAGCAGGGGCAUUUACAGCUGCUUCAGCGGGGUGCAGACCCUGGGCAGCCCCGGGCGGGCGCCCACGCCCGACGUGACGGCGAGCUCAGCCCAAGCCAACGUGCUGAAGAUGCUGCAGGCGGCCAAGGACAUGGUGUCGACGGCCAGCGUGGGCGGCUCGCUGGAGCACGCCACGCGAACCAUCGAGGACUGGAGCAGCCGCAGCGAGCACCUCCAGACCACCUUCUCGCUCAGGACGCCGCAGCUCGUGGUGCAGAACAGCACCGGCACGCAUCGGGGUCCCUCCUGCGGCCCCCCGCACCCCGAGAGGCUGCGCAGAGUCUACGCGCCCAAAGGGCCGCCCCGGGAGCUGCCUCUGCCCAUCCCCGUGGACUCCCGGGAGGAGAGAUGGAGAGGGCCGAGCGAGCGCACCGCCCGCGUCCUUCACCCCGUGAAGCUUCAGGGCGGCGGUGCGGCGGACAGAGCCCUCCCGGGGCCCUUCCCGCACCUCCCGGCGAAGGCGGCGCCGGACGGGGAUUUCGAGGAGCACGCGCUGAUGGGGAACCAUAUCGGCGCUCCGACGCCUCCCAGGGAGCUCCCGCCGCCGGACAUCUACCGGGAGCACAAGCGGGCGGAGCGGCCGCCCACCGUCCCACUGCUCUGCGGCGACGGGGCGGGGACGGCGCCGCGUCCGCUCCCGGCGUCGAGAAGGGAGGCGGGGAACGCGUCCCUUCCCCUCGCCUGCGCCCGCGGCUCCUUCCCCAAAGCCGCCAGGACUUGCAGAGCCGCGGCAGAGCGGGAGCAGCCGAGCCGGCGGGCGAGCGCGGACCGAGCGUCGCGGGAGCGGGGAGAGAAGCGUCGCGGUGCGGGGCUGCGGCGGUGCGGGGCGCGCCCACCCGCUGCCCGCGGCGACGUCCCCGACCUCUUCCCCGAAGCCGAGGCCGCCCACGGCUGCGGUCCGCGCUGCCCCGAGGCCGCCGGGCGGCUGGCCGGGCCGGGCCGGGCGCCGGGCUCCCCUCUGGCCCGGCUGCCGUCCUACCGGGAAGCGUGCCGGCAGAAGCCCCGCGGCACCGCAUGCGCGCCCUAUGCCUGCGCGGACUCCUUCGCCCACCCGCCCCUCUGCCUGGGCCGUUCGUCCCGCGAGCACCCCGAGGUGCCGGGGGGCAGCCGGGGGCCGGGGCGCUGGGACGGAGCCCACAGAGACUGGGGACGGCGGGGGGAGCCGGGCUGGCCGCGCGCGGUGGGCGCGGAGUGGUUGGCGGCCCGUGGGGUGACGAGUCCCUGUGCCGGCGGGUCCUGGCGGCGGGUCUCCAGCCUGGAGUCCGAGGUCUGAUGGGGGCACGGGCGGCUCCGAGAGAUGUGCUGCUCCCUGCUCGCCUCCGGCCUGGGUGGAGAGAAGCCACGAGCCCUUCGCCCUGCUUCCCUCCUGGAGCGUCCUCCAUCGCCGACAGUGGGAUGCGCCAAACCAGGUCUGCUCACUUUGGAGGCCAAAGGAGCCUCCUCGAGGCUGGACUGGGCUCUCCCCACAGGCAGGGCUGGCUGGGGACGUGGGGACACUGAACUCAUUGUCACCAUGUUUCUGUCUUGGUUUCAUCAAGGGACUCCAAGCGUCCCGUCCAGGUCAUUAAAGAGACGUUUUGAACUGGCUGGGGACCCUUCUUCCAGUGCUGCUGCUGAGCCCCUUGCUGCCCUUGGCUUUGUCCCCUCAGCUGCAGCGAUGUCCGUGGCCCUGAGCCCCAUCCCUGCUCACGUCCCUGUGCCUGGCUGCCCCGGUGUGAUGAGCCGAGAGCGAGAUGGGAGAGCAAAUGCA